GUGGAAGAAGCUGGUUGUCGGUCUCUACCAGAAGCGAUCUGUUAAACCUGUAUGGCUGGCCCGCGCCUCACUCAGGCCUCGACGCUGACAAGCUCUUACUUCCAGCAGCAGCAGGAGGACAACAUGUUCAAGCAGCAAGACCGCUCCCCCGCAGUUUACAUGAGGGUGCCGUUCGCCACUAGACCCAAGAAGGUCGCGAGCUCCGUGACUGACAGCUUCGACCAUCCCACAGCGACAGCGAAGCCUCCGCCCAUUGGCGGCAAGAUCCUCGGUCGAUCUGCCAGUCGAGCGGCGUCCUCCGAGUCCUCGACUUCCCGCACGUCGUCCGCGACGUCGGCGUUGGCUUCGUUGACUCGGUUUCAUUCGCGUCAGGCCAAUCAGUCGACGACCAGUAACAGCUCCAGUCGAGAGAAGAACAACGACGACUUGGACUUUGGCAACAGCACGUCGUUAAAUCUACCGUCCAUCGGUAAUAGCGAGAGGUCCAGACUCACGCCUUCGAUUAAUGCGACUUCCAGCAACAUUGUGACGUCGCAGGCAUCCACGGCAACGAUUUCAUACCCGACACGCGUCAGCAGUGGCAGAACGUCUCCUAGGAAUGAUUUAGCAAGAAAGAGGCAGCCUCGAGGACUCGUGGGCCUUCAGAACCUCGGCAACACUUGCUUUAUGAACAGUUGUCUGCAGUGUGUGAGCAACCUCCCAGGGAUUGUCAAGUACUUCCAACCAGGCCUCUAUGCGCGUGAAAUUAACGAUACGAGUCCUACUAAGGGAGCGCUCGCCAACGCCUUUGGCGAUCUCAUCAAGGUGUUGUGGACAGGAGACAAGUUCACUGCCACUCGACCAGUUGAACUGAAACGUGUGAUUGGAAAAGUUGCGUCGCGGUUUACAGGGUACGACCAGCAGGACGCGCAGGAGUUUUUGCGGUUCUUACUUGACGGACUGCACGAAGAUCUCAAUCGCGUACUAAAGAAACCGGCCUACUACGAGAUUAAAGACCGACCAGAAGCCAAGGACCGAGAUGUGUCGGAUGAGUACUGGAAAUUCUACCUGGAGCGGAACGCCAGCGCGUUGUCGGAGCUAUUCUGCGGCCAAUUGCGGUCCGAGAUUCGCUGCGAGACUUGCAACCACCGAUCGCUGUGCUUUGACGUUUUCUGGGAUUUAUCUCUACCCGUACCCAAAAAAUCUGGAAAAAAUAAUGCCAUGCGGGUAUCCAGUGGGUUUUUCUCUGGAGGUAGAACCGCCUCAGUUGCUAGUGAUACCGCUAGUAGUCCCAAUGGAGGCAUGUCGAUUCAUGACUGUCUUAAGGCGUACACGGAGCAGGAGUUCCUCAGUGACGACGCAGCCUACUACUGCUCCAAGUGCAAGACACAUCGCUCUGUUGCCAAGAAGAUCUCGGUUUAUCGACUUCCGAACGUGUUGGUGCUUCACCUCAAGCGCUUCUCCUACUCAACGUUUAGUCGAGACAAAGUGAGCACGAGCAUCAGUUUCCCAGCGCAAAGUCUCGACAUUGCCGAGUACUGUGCCAGUGACGCUGUUGUCGACGGCAGCACACAAUACGAUCUUACGGGUAUCGUACAUCACAUGGGCUCGCUGAAUGGGGGCCACUACACUGCAGAGUGCCUCAACGCAGACUCACAAGAGUGGUUCGACUUCAACGACGGGUCUGUGACGGCAAUUAAGAAGCCUGAACUCUACAGUUCCAGCGCCUACAUGCUCUUCUAUCAGCGUAGAGAAGAAAAAUCCCUCACCAUUUGAAAAUCGUAGCCGAGUUACAUUAUUAACGCAAUGGCAAUAGAGUACUCCGUGUCAAGCGUUAAAUUAUUUGAAGUACAUUUGUGCUCAACGUUUCAAACAUUGAAAUUAAGCCGUG